GCAUUCAUUGCAUCCAUCACAAAGUCCAAUACUCUCUUUCUCUUGUACAAAUCACCAGUCCUUCUCAUCAUCGGUGUUCUUGGCAAAAUGGGGUGCAAAUCAUCAGACAAGCCAAAGCCAAAGCUAAGGCACAGGAAAGGCUUGUGGUCACCUGAAGAAGAUCAAAGGCUUAGAAGCCAUGUCUUUCAACAUGGCCAUGGAUGUUGGAGCUCCGUCCCCAUUAAUGCUGGCUUGCAGAGGACUGGGAAGAGCUGCAGAUUAAGAUGGAUUAAUUACUUGAGACCAGGACUGAAAAGAGGGGCGUUUUCUACAGAAGAAGAAGAGACAAUCCUGACCCUUCAUCGCAUGUUAGGCAACAAGUGGUCUCAAAUUGCACAGCAUUUGCCUGGAAGAACUGACAACGAGAUAAAGAACCAUUGGCAUUCCUACUUGAAGAAAAAGCUGUUCAAAACUGAAGGAAUGGAAUCUCCUAAUAAGACUCAAUCUGCCAGCUCAAACUCAGACGAUAUGGAUCUUUCACCCUGUCCCAAAAGGCUUAAAAUGCAAAGUCCUGAAUCAUCAAUGAAUAUGGAAAAACCAUCAACUGAUAUUGACCGGCCGGUAUUUCCAUGGAUGUUUGACUCUCUUAAAGAACCUAACAGAAGCUCAUUAUUACCAAAGGUUAUGUUUGCUGAGUGGCUCUCACUUGACAGCUUUGCAAGUUCAGGCGAGCCUGUGGUUUCAAAGAUUACAUUCGAUCAUAAUCCAAGCUUCCAAGACACUAGUUUCAUGCAUGAUUACUUACUGGAAGAAGGAGCAUUUGGUGGCGACUAUCAAAAUUCUCCAAGCGAUGGUUCAAGCGGCGACAUUUUUAGUUCAGAAUUCAAAUUUGAAAGCCAGAGUCCAGGAAAUGAGUUUGAUUUUAGCUCUGGAGAGGAUUUAUGUAGGGUAUUCAACUCGAGUAAUAUUGGUGAUGUGAUGUACAUAUGAGGGCUUACUUCCCAAAAG